AUGGGGUCCAACAUGGUGCCCAACACUGGGAGUACAGCCAGGGAUUUCUGUAUGCUCGAGCGCAACAUAUUGUCGCACUUCAAACUGGCCCUCCUGUUGUCUCUCAUGUCCUCGUCUUUUCUUCUUCAUGUCCGCCUUGUCCCUGUAGAACACGAAUCAAAGGGUGGAGUUCCUCUGGCGUCCGUCGAGUUUGCGGCUGCAAUGCUUGCAAUAGUCGCAGGAAUCUGGGAGUAUUACAGUGGUUAUGCUGAUCUGCGACAAACGAGGGCUUUCCUGGCAGCAACAAAGCCUCAUCUAAUCCUGAUGAGCGUCGUAGCUGGGGUUGUAUUUGGAACUUGCAUCGUGCUUGUUGUUCAAGAUCAAUGA